AUGAAACAUCCAUACCAAAACAUCGUUUCAACGUCUACUCACUUGUUCGUGAGUGUUCAGAAUCAUUUACAAGCUUUUGAUGUUGAAGGGAAUUUAGUGGGGUCGUGGAAAGAUACAAUUGGCCAUGAAGAUUUGUUAAAGAAACAACAACUUGAAAAAAUUGAAAAAUUAAACCAAGAACCUGAAAUCAAAAGAGCUGAAAACAAUAAGAAAGUAAAGAUCCCCAAAAUCCCCACCCCAGGUCCUGGUGCUCCUACCAUCUAUAAUUACAUCAGAGAUUUGGAAUUAACUCACGAUAACAAAUAUCUUAUAGGGAUAACUGAUAGUGAUAAAUCCAUCAUCAUCUUUGAAAUCAACUUGAAUGAAGAUAAUUGUUUGAAACUCAUCAAAAGACAAACCUUCCCAAAAAGACCAUGUUCCAUUUCCAUUGCUGAUGAUAAUUCCACGGUAAUAAUAGGAGAUAAGUUUGGUGAUGUUUAUAAGAUUCCUAUAAUUGGCGAAAAUGUACCAGAGAAGGACUUGAAACCCAUUUUAGGUCAUGUGUCGUUAUUGACCGAUGUUUUGAUCACAGAACAUAACGGUAAACAAUAUAUUUUGUCCAGUGAUAGAGACGAACACAUUAAAGUGUCGAAUUACCCUAUAACAUAUGUUGUUAAACAUUGGUUAUUUGGACAUGAUGAAUUUAUAUCAUCCAUGGUGCAAUUUGACUUUGAUAGAGAACUUUUAGUCACUGGAGGUGGUGAUGAUUACAUAUAUUUAUGGAAUUGGUAUGGCAACAAGUUAUUGAGUAAAUAUCCUUUAAGAGAUUUAAUCGAACCUUUAUUAGAUGAACUGCACUUACCUCCAGAAAGAUUCUUACAUGAAGAUUCACCUAAAGAGAUUUCUGUAGUUAAGAUGAUCACCAUGGAUAAGUUCGUAGUGGUAUUAUUCCAAAAAGUCAACGGAUUAUUAGUUUUAGAGAUCAAAGAUGAAACGUUACAUUUAGUUGAAUUAUUCCCUCUUGAUUAUCCUUUGAUAGAUAUCUCCGCCGGUGGAGAUAAGAUCUUUGGAUUAUCAGAAGAUAAAAUCAUCACCCAAUUCACAUUCAAUGGGAAAUUAACCAUCGAUGAUAAAGAAUUCAAAGGAAUGAUUGAAAAUAAUCCAUGUGAAGUUCAAUCUAAAGAAGAAUUUUAUCCAUUAUAUACCAUGAAUACUUUAAGAAAGAGAAGUGAACAUUAG